AUGGCGCAGUCAAAUAUUAACGUCCUGCUCUCGUCAUUCCCGGGACUGUCGCUCCCAUCUACUCUCUCAUUCGCGCUUCCCUCCACAGCGAGCGUGUCAGACCUGACCGACAAAGUCGCCUCAUACCUUCCAGCAUCGCUUCGUCUUGAACGUCUUAUCCUCACAACCACCAACAACAAGCAAAUAUUCGCCUCUGCUGCUCCCGUCCAAUCCUUGAUCAAUAGCAAGGAUGUCUCCGCCACUGCCCUCCUUCCCAUCCGCCUCUCCGCCCCGCUGUGCGGUGGUAAGGGUGGUUUCGGGUCUCAACUUCGUGCCGCGGGUGGGCGCAUGGCCAGCAAGCGCAAGCGCAAUCAGGGCGACAGUAACAGCUCGAGCCGUAACCUCGAUGGCCGUCGUUUGCGUACGGUCAAUGAGGCCAAAGCACUGGCAGAGUAUCUCGCGGUUAAGCCGGAAAUGGAUAAGCAAGAGAAGGAGGAGCGUCGCCGCCGGUGGCAGGCCGUGGUAGAGAUGGCAGAGAAGCGUCAGGAUGAGAUCAAGAACGGGGGUGGAAAGCAAAAGAUUGAUGGACAAUGGAUGGACGACAAGGAGGAGAUGAAUGAAAAGGCAAGGGAGGCGGUUCUUCUCGCAAUGAAGGACGGCGCAUGGACGGACAACCUACGUGAUGCGAUUUUGGGCGGAUCUAGCACCAGUGCUAGUGAGGGUAGCGAGAAUGCGAGCUCAUCUGGCUCCGAAGAGGAGGAAGAGGAGGAAGAAAACAAUGGCGCAUCUUCAAAUUCCGCGGGACCCUCUAAGUCGGCCCAGAAGCCGGCACCUCGCCGCUUCAUCGGGUUUGAUGAUGACGACGAGUUUAUGAGUGAUUCUGAGGAGGAGGAAGAAGAAGAAGAAGAAGAAGAAGAAACCGAUGCCAAGGGGAAGGGGAAAGCCCGCGCUUGA